AUGGACUACACCUUCAACACCACCCUCGCCGCGCCGGCGACGGGCUCCUACCACGAGCUAUACGAGAUCGCCAGCCUGAACCCCAAACUGUCCUUCCUGGAGAAGCUCUGGUGGACGCACUACGCCUACUGGGACAACGACAUUAUCGCAACAGGAAUCAUCACCUUCCUCGCGCACGAGAUCCUGUACUUCAGCCGCUGCAUCCCGUGGAUCAUCGCGGACGCCUUCCCCAGCCUCUUCCACCGCUUCAAGAUCCAAGACACGAAAGCCCCGCCCUCGGCGCGCGAGCAAUGGAACUGCGUGAAAUACAUCCUGGCGAUCCACUUCAUCGUCGAGCUGCCGCUGAUCGUCCUCUUCCACCCGAUGAUGGAAUUUUUCGGACUGCAAUACACCCUCCCCUUCCCCGACCUGAAAACCCUAGCCCUGCAGACCACCAUCUUCUUCUUCGUCGAAGACACCUACCACUACUGGCUCCACCGCGCCUUCCACUGGGGCCCGCUGUACCGCGCCGUCCACCGCGUCCACCACCAGUACGCCACCCCCUUCGGCCUGACGGCCGAAUACGCCAGCCCCUGGGAGACGAUGCUGCUGGGCUUCGGGACCAUCGGGCCCCCGCUCGUGCUGGGCUGGUGCACGGGCGAGGUCCACCUGAUGACCGUGUUGGUCUGGGUCGCGCUGCGCCAGUUCCAGGCCAUCGACGCGCACUCCGGGUAUGAUUUCCCCUGGAGCCUGCGCAGGGUGUUCCCGCUGUGGGGCGGCUCCGAUUGGCAUGAUGAUCAUCAUCGGUAUUUUCGGGGCAAUUAUUCCAGCUCGUUUAAGCAUUGGGAUGUGUUGAUGGGAACGGUUGCCGGGCCGAGGGGGAAGAAGAUGAAGAAGAGUGAGUAAAUGCCUGCAGGGUGCAGCGUGCGUGGGGUUCUGUUGCACUAGUGUCUGGGUUCGAUUCUUGUGUAUGAUAUUCGUAAUAGUAAUUAUUAAUAUGAGG